AUGGUGUUUUCUCUUCCCGAAGAUUUGGUGGCGGUUGAUUCUCAUGGCGCCUUCGAAGCUCUUCGUCUUCGCUCUUUCUGUGGCUCUAAUUUUCAUCAUCGGGCGAGUGAAAGACGACGAGCGCAUGGUGGCGGCAAGACCAGAUGGUGGUUGACACGAGACAAAGAGUACAAUGGUGGAAGAAGGCGACGGCAAGCAGUGGAAUCAUCAAGAAGAAGCGGCGACCACAAGCAUACUGCUUAUUUGCUGAUAUCGAGUACUACUUUUGAUGCAGAGAAGUUCAGUGAUUACUUUGAUCUUGCUCCAAUAUUCAAAAUUCCCGGGAGACGGUAUCCUAUUGAAAUACAUUUCACCAAAGCACCAGAACCCAACUACUUGGAUGCUGCUAUUGUCACAACGCUUCAAAUCCAUGCUACUUAA